AUGCUCUUCCGCCCGCGGCUGCUGCGCCAUCGGUCGCGCAAAUACCAGCGGCCUGUCCUCUGGACGCUGCUGACACUCUUCGCUCUAGAUGCCUGGCGCAUUCUGCGGAGCCGGGCACCGACAAUACGGUCGUCCUUGACCGCAGACACCUCACAAAGCAUCGCAUCCGGAACGGAAACCACCAAAAAGCCGUCCGUGUUUAUAGUGUCCGUUCACCGCAACACGGAGCCCAUCUUGCGAUCGGCGUGGAUCGAGAACCUUGUCCGGCUGGUCGACCACCUCGGCCGCGACAAUGUCUACGUGUCGGCCGUCGAAUCCGGGUCCCAAGACGACACCAAGGACGCGCUGAUGGAACUCAAGGCCCAGCUGGUCGCCCGCGGCGUCGCCCACACCAUUGAGCUCGGUACCACCGUCUGGGAGCAGCUCGACGAGCUGUAUGCAUGGCCCGACCCAGACACGCCCGCCGCCGAGCGGCCGGGUUGGAUCUGGGACAGCGAGGAGAAGCACUUUGCGCUCCGGCGGAUCCCCUACCUAGCGAACGUGCGCAACCAGGCAAUGGCGCCGCUGCUGGCCGAGGCGGCCAAAGGCAGCGGCGGCGGCGGAGGACAUGGGCAAGGUCGGCGGUUCGACCGCGUGCUCUGGAUCAACGACGUGGCGUUUGAUACACAGGACGUCAUGACGCUCCUCAACACCCGGGGCGGCCACUACGCGGCAGCUUGUGCCAUGGAUUUCAAAGAGUACCCCUUGUACUACGACACCUUUGCGCUGCGGGACGCCGACGGCGACAAGGCCGUGUCGCCGCGCUGGCCGUGGUUCCGGUCCAGCGAGGCACGUGCCGACGUGCGCGCCGGCCGCCCCGUGCGCGUGCAGUCGUGCUGGAACGGCAUGGUCGCCUUUGACGCGCAGCCGUUUUACGACACGACCGCCAACACGAACGCCCAUGCUCGCGGCCACACACACGCCACUGCGGGCGGCGGCGAUACCACCCACACGCCCGUGCCGCUCCGCUUCCGCGGCGUUGACGACAGCCUCGCCGAGUUCCAUCUUGAGGGCAGCGAGUGCUGCCUGAUCCACGCCGACAACCCGCAGUCGCGCUUUGCCGACGUUCCCUCGUCGAACGCCCGCCACCGCCACAAGGGGGCCGACGCGGACGCAGACGCAGACGCCGGCAAAAACAUCGGCGUCUGGCUCAAUCCCAACGUCCGCGUGGCGUACAGCCUAUCGGUCUACAAGCAGGUGCGGACCGCCGUAUUCCCGGGCCGGUUCGCGGCCGUCCAUGGGGCGUGGGCGAACCGGCUGGAGCGCGCGCGGAGCCACGUGCAGUUUGCCCUCGAGGGCCAGACGGUGCUGAACCGGCUGCGGCGGUGGCGGGCAGAGACCCCUGCAGGCGCGCCGCCGCGCAACGAGCCUGGUGCGGUCUGCCUGAUUAACGAAAUGCAGAUCAUGUGGCAAAACGGGUGGAAGCACUUGUGA